AUUUAAACACACAUUAUUGAUAAUGCUGAUUCCGUCACACAUCAGUAACCUUGUCCUUUAUAUAAAGAUGCGCCAUUUCAUCAUUCAAUUCAGAUCUGCUGAACAAUUGUGAAACAUUGCGAUACAAACAACAGAAAAAAUUAUGAAAUUGAUAGUUGGUAUUGUUUUACUAUCUGUGGUUAUACAUGGGCAAGCUUUAACACCCUAUAUGCAAGAGUUUGUUAAAGAAACAGAUGAACAGGCACUGAAGAAAAGUAACUUGGUUGCGGUUUUGCCAAAAUUAGAAAAAUCAUUUAUUGUUUUUUUUCAAUUAAAACUGAACAGUUUUUCAAAUGGUUAUAGAAGUGUCAUUCAUUUGACUCUUGGAGAGGAUAAUACAAAAUACGGUGAUCGAAUUCCUGGCGUUUGGAUUUAUGAACAAAAGUUGCACGUAGCAUUUGCAAUAAAUGAUAAUAAAAAUGAGUAUUUUUUUUCCAAGCCACUUCCAUUGAACAAGUGGAUAAGUGUUUUUAUAUGUCAAGAGAGUGCUCCAUUUUUACCUACUUUUGAAGUUUAUAUUGAUAAAGAGCAAGUAUAUUAUACAGAAAACAGAAAUCAAAAAGUAUUUACAAACAUCAACGUAUAUGCUGGAGAUCCGUGGUAUGAAGUCCAAGAUGGCUCUAUCAAAGAAUUCGCAGUCUUUAACUUCCCUCGUGUAGCGAAAAAGAGUUUGGUAAAGGAUGCCAUACAUAGAAAGAUGUUUGGGCUCAAAUUUUAAAGUGGAAAAACGACUUUUUUCUGCUUUGAAUUUGUACUUUUUUAUUUCAAAUAUCUUAAAUAUAUCAAUUCGUAUUCUA